CGCGUGCUCGUAGAAUGCAGUAAUACAUGUGGUACUCAUUACAGAGGCACUGCAACCUUUGGAAUUUCGUCUAGUACUCUUCACAUGAUUGCCUUUUACUUGAUGAUUUAUUCUUAUGUAACAUAGUGAUAUAAAGAAUGGAGAGCUAAGAACCAUCAAUAAGAGCAAUGACUUCUACAUCUGAAGGCAAUGGAAAAGGAGGUGAAAGGAACACUAAGGGUGAAAGUGGCACGAAAAUUAGCCUGGUUAAACCCAAGAAGAAGAAAUGCAAAAAGAAAGCUGGUAAGCUCCGUCCUCUGGUGCAGGUGCCCAAGAACAGAUUCAGUCCUGUCAAGGGAGGAAUUAAGCCUACCAGUGAAGGAGCCUUUACCAAGGAACUUGCCAUUUCAUCCCAGGGAGCAACCCGUCUUGUCCAGGGAGGAGCCAUUCCUGUCCAGAGAGAGGUAGCUCCAGCACAGAAAGGAGCCAUUUUUAACAAUGAAAGAGAUAUUCUAGCUAAUUCUGCCCAAGGAGGAGCCAUUGGUGUCAAGUGUGAAGCCUCUCUUUCCCAGGGAGGACCCAUUCAAGGGAAUGAGAUUAAACGCAAUAAGAAGAAAUGCAAAAAGAAAGCUGGCAAACUCCGUCCUCUGGUGCAGGUGCCUAAGAAUAGAAUCAGUCCUAUCAAGGGAGGAAUUAAGCCUACCAGUGGAGGAGCAUUUGUCAAGGAACUUGCCUGUUCAGCCCAUGGAGGAGCCAUUCCUGGCCAAAGAGAAGUAAAUCCAGUCUUAGGAGGGGCCAUUCUUGACCAUGGAGGAGCUAUUCCUGCCCAAGGGAAAGCUAAUCUUGCCCAAAGUGAAGUCACUCCUGCCCAGGGGGGACCCAUUCCUGUCCAGAGAGAGGUAGUUGCAGCCCAGAAAGGACUUAUUCUUAACCAUGAAGGAGCUAUGACUGCCCUAGGGGGAACUAAUCCUGCCCAAGGAGGAGCCAUUGGUGCCAAGAGUGAAGCCACUCUUGUCCAGGGAGGACCUGUUCCUGGUGGUAUGAUUAAACGCAAUAAGAAGAAAUGCAAAAAGAAAGUUGGCAAGGUACGUCCUCUAGUGGAUUUGUCCAGGAGAGGAUAUGGCCCUACCCAGAGUGAAGCCAUUCCUGCCCAAGGAGGAGCCAUUGAUACCCAGAAAGGAGCCAUUCUUGCCCAAGGAGGAGCCAUUGAUACCCAGAAAGGAGCCAUUCUUGCCCAAGGAGGAGCCAUUGAUACCCAGAAAGGAGCCAUUCUUGCCCAAAGAGGAGCCACUUCUGUCCAGGGAGCAGCCAUUGCUACCCAGGAAGGAGCCAUUCCUGCCCAAGGAGGAGACAUUCCUACCCAGGGAGGAGACACUACUCAAAAAGGAGCCAUUCUUGUCAAGGGAGGAGUUAUUCCUAUCCAGGGAGAAGCCAUUCCUGCCAAGGUUAUAGCCAAGCCAACCCAAGAAGAUGCCAUAUCAGCUUCAGUUGCAGCUAAGUCUGCUCAAGGAGGAGUCAUUCCCAGCAAAGGUGGAAUCAAACAUGAGAAGAAAGCAAAUCUAAAACAGAAGAAGGGUAAAAGAGACAGUGUUAACAAGGUCAUGGGAAAAAAUCUUUCACUCAAGAGGAAAAUGUUGAAGAUCCCCAGAGAUCAUAUGACUCUCGAGGGAGACCUGUUGGAGGAAUACUUGAAACGUGUGGAAAAGAGGAAUAAGCGCACUCUGUAUGUCAAAGUACCUUCACCAGUUGAUAUAAAUAAUGCCACAAUCCUAAAUCCUUUGUUUGAUGAUGCAGCUUCCACACGGUUUCCACAGCACAAGACGUAUGGAUAUUGUUACAUUGAGUAUGAAUCCCAAGAAAAGGCAGAGAAAAUGAAGCCUAUAUUAGAAGAAAUGGAGAUACUUGGGGGAAGAUGUGAAGUGGACUUUGUUGGAGAAAAGUCUAAGAAUUAUUUUCCUUCUAAAGUCGUAUGUGUUUACCCUAAAGAGUUAUUUCUAGAUGGUUUGCCUCCAGGCACAACAUAUGAAGACCUGAGGUCAACCUUCAGUACAGCCCAAAUUAUCCAGACCAAAAAGUUUCUCAAAAAAGGUAAUGCCUAUAUAAAGUACAAAAGAAAGGAGGAAGCAGAAAAGGUAUUUAGAGAACAGGGUGGCCUUAAAGUCAGUGGGCGGGAGGUUAUGGUGUUGUAUGUGAAAGCCGGUCCCCGUGAACAAUCAACUGAUCCAGAAGCAAAGCGAAGGAAGAUUGAUGAUACAACGAAGAGAAAACAAGAUAUCGAAGAUUUGUAAAGAAAAUGGUAAUGAUUAAGGCUGACUGGUAAAAAUGUUUUUCACAUAUCAGUAGGGAUUAAUGUCAGAGAAUUUCAUAGGAUGAAUGCCUCUCCUUUAACUGGAAAAUAAUACACAGUACAUCUAUAAGUUGGAUGACUACUUUAUGAAUCAGUUGUAAAGUUGUUGAGAAAUAGCUAGCAAACU